CUGGGAUUGCGUUGGGAAUACCGCCGGAUUGUGUGGAGGAUGAGCUGGCAGCGGUGUGUGUGGAUUACAGAAGCAGGAGGAACCUGAGAAACAGACGUGUUUCUCGCCAGCUGCGUGCAUCUGCUGUCUGCCGCUGGAAAACCGUCUCCGGAAACGCACAUAGCUUCGGGAGUUUAGGGACCAUGAACUCUGGAGUAGCUGUGAACGAGGGAAGCGAGCUGCAUGUGGCUGCACUGGCGUCUUUGAAGGGUGAUGUGGUGGAGCUCAACCAGCGGCUGCUGCAGACCGAGAGAGAGAGAGAUGCACUGGAGAUGAGACUGGCCAAAGCACAGUGUGAGGAGUCUCAUCUGCUGCAGGAGCAUGAGGAUGUUCAGGAGAGAACGACACUGCGCUACGAGGAGCGAAUUACAGAGCUGCACAGCAUCAUUGCUGAACUCAACAAGAAGAUAGACCUGCUGCAGGGAGCCACCAUCAGGGAGGAGGAUGAGUUUUCCGAGCUUCGCUCCGAUCUCAGUCACAGCCAGCUGGAAGUUAACGAGGACGACCGGAGCGAUCAGGACCCCGACCAGGCGUCCAUCUCACUGCCUGAGAACCAGUCCACGCUGGUCACUGCAGACAUGGAUAACUGCAGUGACCUGAACUGGGAGCUGCAGCGUGUUUUGACGGGUCUGGAGAGCGUCCUGUGCGGCCGCAAGAAGAGCACAUGCAGUCUGUCUGUGGCGGAGGUGGACAGACACAUCGAGCAGCUGACCUCCACCAGCGAACACUGCGAUCUGGCCAUCAAGACGGUGGAGGAGAUCGAGGGCGCUCUGGGCCGUGACUUCUACCCCAGUCUGUGUGAGGAGCGAGUGCGCUGGGAGAAGGAGCUGGCUGGACUCCGGGAGGAGAACGAGAGCCUGACGGCGAUGCUGUGCCAUAAAGAAGAGGAUCUGAACCGCACCAAAGCCAUCGUGAGCGGCGUCCGAGAGGAGCGAGACCGUCUGCGCAGACGUGUGCGAGAGCUGCAGACGCGUCUCCAGAGCGUUCAGCCCGGCGCUCCGUCCAGUCCUGGCCGUCUGACAUCAGUGGGACGUCCCAUCAACCCCAGCACCGGAGAACUCAGCACCAGCAGCAGCAGCAACGACAUCCCCGUCGCCAAAGUGGCGGAGCGAGUGAAGCUAUCGAAGACUCGUUCAGAAUCGCUGCCAGCGGAGAGAUCCAUCCUCGGCUCUGAAAUCAGCAGCAUCGGGGUGUCCAGUAAUGUGGCUGAACACCUGGCUCAUUCCCUUCAGGACUGCUCCAACAUCCAGGAGAUCUUCCAGACACUCUACUCGCACGGAUCCGCCAUCUCCGAGAGCAAGAUCCGCGAGUUUGAGGUGGAGACGGAGAGACUGAACAGUCGUAUCGAGCACCUGAAGUCUCAGAACGAUCUGCUGACCAUCACACUGGAGGAGUGUAAGAGCAACGCCGAGCGGAUGAGUAUGCUGGUGGGGAAAUAUGAGUCCAACGCCACCGCACUCAGACUGGCCCUGCAGUACAGUGAGCAGUGUAUCGAGGCGUAUGAGCUGCUGCUGGCGCUGGCCGAGAGUGAACAGGGUCUGGUUUUGGGUCAGUUCAGAGCCGCUGGAGUCAGUGCUGUGGGAGAGCAGGCGGGUGAAGAGAGCAUCACACAGAUCCUGAAGAAAGCUCAUGACAGCAGAAAGACGGCAGAGAUCGCCGCUAAAGAUCUCCUGACGCGUCUGGAUGGCAGCUGCAGAGCUGUGUUUGCGGUCAGCGGCUGUAGUGUCCAGCCCUGGGAGAGUCUCUCAUCCAACAGCCACACCAGCACCACCAGCUCGACGGCCAGCAGCUGUGACACGGAUUUCUCCAAAGACGACGAGCAGCGUCUGAAGGACUACGUGCAGCAGCUGAAGAACGACCGGGCGGCCGUCAAGCUGACCAUGCUGGAGCUGGAGAGCGUCCACAUCGACCCGCUGAACUACGACCUCAAACCCCGCGCAGACUCGCAGAGACUCGACCUGGAGAACGCCGUGCUCAUGCAGGAGCUCAUGGCCAUGAAGGAGGAGAUGGCGGAGCUAAAGGCGCAGCUGUAUCUGCUGGAGAAGGAGAAGAAAGCUCUGGAGCUGAAGCUGAGCACGAGGGAGGCUCAGGAACAGGCCUAUCUGGUGCACAUCGAGCAUCUGAAGUCUGAGGUGGAGGAACAUCAGGAACAGAGACGGAGAUCGCUCAACUCCACCAGCAGCAGCGCUGGAGCCAAAGACAAGAGCGGGAAGGGCUCUGGUGAUUCUCCAGCAGUCAGUCUGUGUGACCUGAGGAGUCUGAGCGACAGCGACCUCGCGGCGGAGCUCACCAGCGCCCUCAGGAGAGAGAAGAAGCUGAAGGGUCGUGUUCAGGAGUUGGUGGCGGCGUUAGAAAGACUCACUAAGAGCAGUGAAGUCAGACAUCAGCAGUCGGCGGAGUUUGUUAACGACCUGAAACGAGCAAACAGUAAUCUGGUGGCAGCGUACGAGAAAGCCAAGAAGAAGCACCAGAACAAGCUGAAGAAGCUGGAGUCUCAGAUGAUGGCGAUGGUGGAGCGUCACGAGACGCAGGUGCGGAUGCUGAAACAGCGCAUUGCUCUUCUGGAGGAGGAGACGUCUCGACCGCACACCAGCGAGACCUCGCUCUGAACAAACACCUGUGCAAAACCACAGAGAAGUCAUCGAUCUGGCAUCGGGAGCAUGAAAGAAGACGUUUCUCAGCAUGCUCACGCUGCUCUUUUACACAAACGCAUCAUGAAACGAGGGCUCAGACGUGCUCGCUUUGUCAAGGAGGACAAAUACUGCUCAGUUUGUCCAAUUCAUAAUUAUGAGGUUCCGUUUUUAUUCUGAUGAAUGGCAAAAAUCCUCAUAAUUCUUGGUAAUCUCAGAAUGAAACGACACGAGAGAGUACAGCAGCACAGACUCGAGGCUGGUUUAGUUUAAUAAUUAUAUUUCAUAAUCACACAGUGUAGAGAAAUACGGUUUUGAGCAAUAAAAGAGAACGAGGUUUCCUUCAUCACAUCUUAGAUGAAAAUUCUGUCAUCAUUUACCCAGUAUCUGGUAAUCUGUGCUUAGUUUAUGAUCCAUAAUCAGAUUUAUCAACUGAGAAUACAGAUUGCAGACAAAUCAAGGCCGCAAAUGAUGAAUUAUUGA